GCGGGAGCCUCGGGAGCUGGUGCCUGGGGUCCUCACCCCAAGGACUCCCGCGGCGGGGUCCACGUGGACUCUGGGCCGCAGUGGGACUGUAGCCCGCCCCCCGCGCGUGGGGGAGGGGGUGUUGCAGCCGGUUCCCCUUUUUCUGCAGCUUAGAGCCUGGGGAAGUGAUUGCUCAAAGGUGGGGGCCCGGAAGAACCCCAGGUUUCUGCGUCUUCUCCCCCAGCCUGGUGGGGAGGGGCUGGGGCAGGACACUCUGUCAUCCCCCGCCUCCACCCGGUUGGAUCGGGCAGCCACUUGGCCCUGCGAGCUGUAGGGGAGGCGCUGCAACCCCUGGCUCCAGCCGAUCGGGGAUCCCCGGCGCCAGCCUCUCUCCGGGACGCCGCAGGGGUAUCUCCUGCCGUCUGACUUGAGUCCCUGCCACUGCAGUGCACGCCCCUUCGGCCGCCAGGGUGGGGCCCAGACCUAACUGGUCCCCUCCCGCCCCCACCCUGCCUUUGGGUCGCUGACCCCCAGGCUGUGGUGAGGGUCCAGGAGCUGGCACCACGGAGCCUGGGCAACCUCCUCUGCCCACCCAUGCCCACCCCGCAUGAGGCUGAGAAACAGCACACAGGGCCCGAGGAGGCAGACCGGCCCCCCUCAAUGACUAGCCAUGAUGUGGCCCCCCAGGUGGCCCCUGGCCGCAACCCCUGCUGCCUGUGCUGGUGCUGCUGCUGCAGCUGCUCCUGGAAUGAAGAGCGGCGGCGAGUGUGGCAGGCCUCCAGGGAGAGCAAGUUGCAGCCCCUCCCCGGCUGUGAAGUGUGUGCCACACCAAGCCAUGAAGAGGUGCAGAGCUGGGCGCAGUCCUUCGACAAGCUGAUGCACAGUCCAGCAGGGCGCAGUGUGUUCCGGGCCUUCCUGCGCACAGAGUACAGUGAGGAAAACAUGCUCUUCUGGCUGGCAUGCGAGGACCUGAAAGCCGAGGCCAACCAGCAUGUGGUGGAUGAGAAGGCGCGACUCAUCUACGAGGACUACGUGUCCAUCCUGUCCCCCAAGGAGGUGAGCUUGGACUCCCGCGUGCGGGAGGGCAUCAACAAGAAGAUGCAGGAGCCUUCUGCGCACACGUUUGAUGACGCGCAGCUGCAGAUCUACACACUCAUGCACCGGGAUUCCUACCCUCGCUUCCUCAGCUCUCCCACCUACCGUGCCCUGCUGCUCCGGGGAGCCUCACAGUCUUCUUCUGAGUCCUAGGUGGCCCCAGUGACAGACACUAGGCCCCUUAGGGGCAGACUCUGGGCUACUCCACAUGUGCGUGCCAGUGGAGAUGUUAAGGCACACCAAGGGGCAGUCCCAGCCCCAGAGGGAAAGGCUUCAUCUCCUGGCUCUGCCCUCAGCCCGGCAGGAGCUCUAGGUGCAGGGCAGCCAGCAGCCCCUCAAGGCUGCUCAGUGCCCUGCAUGUUGGGAGGGGCUUCACGGGAAGCCUCGACCUGUAAGCCUCAUAGGCACCUCUGUCCCACACAGCUAGCAGCCAAGAUUUUGCCUUUCUUUGGUGGGGAGCAGGACCUCCACGUUACCCAGUUUUGUAACAUGAGCCUUCUGCACCCCAGAGUCAGACCCAGAACUUCAGAACCAGAUGUGAAACCUCAAAAUCAGGCUCAAGGUGACAGGACCCGAUUUCUACAAGUAUUUUAUAUGUCCAUGGACUUUAAACCUGAAAAUAUGUCCUUACUGUG